UGGACAGUUGUAUAUCCUGCCAAUGAAUGCAGCUGAUGGGAAAUUCUGGAUCACCCAAGAAGGGAACAACAUCAUUCUCUACACAACCUUUGGCCUCACAGUCCUAUAUGAUACUUCUUCAUAUGUUCAUGUUACUGUCCCCAGUACGUACAGGGGUCAUAUGUGUGGCCUGGCUGGCAACUUCAACGGGGAUCCAAAGGAUGACUUCAUGCUAGCUAAUGGAAAACUCACUGAAAACGUGGAAGAAUUUGCAGCUUCCUGGAAGAUCCCUGUGAAUGGUGUAAUUUGUUCUGAUGGCUGUGGGGACAAAUGUCCCAUCUGCAACAAAGCGCAGAAAACAAAAUAUGAAGCUGGGAACUUCUGUGGAAUGAUCCCAUCCAAGACAGGUCCAUUCAUAGACUGCCAUUCGUUGGUGAACCCUACAGAAUAUUUUGAACACUGUGUGAAUGAGGCCUGUACAACCAAUGAGGUUCAAGAAUCUCUUUGUCGAAGUCUUCAAGCCUAUGUAGCAGCUUGCCAGGCAUCUGGCGGCAACAUUAGAGCCUGGAGAAGCUCUUCCUUCUGCCCUCUCACCUGUCCGGCCCACAGCCAUUAUGAGCCAUGUACCAGAACUUGCGAUUCCACCUGUGCUGCCUUAUCUACUCCAAGUCAGUGCUCAGGGAACUGCUUUGAAGGCUGUCAGUGUGAUGAGGACUAUGUGUUUGAUGGAUCUCACUGUGUAACCAUGAAGCAAUGUGGCUGCACUUAUCGCGGAGCCUAUCUCAAGAUCGGCGAGCACAUUUACUCGAAGGGCUGCACAAAAAAAUGUACCUGCCAGUCAACAGGCCAGCUCCAGUGUAAAGAAAGCAGCUGCCAGCUUGGAGAGGCCUGUGCCCUUCGGGGAGGCGUGCACGGCUGUGUGACGCUGGAAGCUCAAUGCAAACUCACUGCCCAAGCGCAUAUCACUUCUUUCGAUGGUGCCUCAGGGAGGUAUUCCUGCAGUGGAGUCUAUGAAAUAGCUUCUCUUUGUGACCAGAACUCUGCCUCCUGGUUCAGGUUGUUAGCGAGCAUCGAAAAGGAUUAUACGAAGCAGAUGGUGGUUGGAAAAUCUAUCUACUUUUACUUUCGAGGUGGAUUCAUCCAGAUUAUAAAUGGAGAAAGGUUAUGGGUAAAUGGUCAGAAAAUAACGCUGCCAUAUGAGAACAGCCCUGUGUCCAUGAGGAAAACUCAGGAUAAAAUUGUUAUUGACCAUGAUUCCCAAGUGCAAGUUUAUCUCCAUCCUGAUGGGAUGGUGACCAUGACAGCCAAGGAGACCCUCAGAGGGAAGCUGUGUGCCGCCUGUGGAAACUUCAACAAGGACCAUUUGGAUGACUUGAAGCUGGCCAGCGGAGAGCGAACAAAUAAUUUUGAUGAAGUACUCAAGUCCUGGGAGGCGGAAGACUUCAUUUAAAUUGCUUCUAGGCUGUUCACCUAUGUGCUUGCGAUCUGAUGUAACCACCCAACAUUUUGCUCAAAUACUUGUUUAGGAGAAAUAGCAUUCUUUCUUAUACUUUAGGGAUUUAGAGAGGCGUUAGCCUGAGACGCUUCAGAAUGUAAUCUUCCUGUUCAGGACUUCAUCUCCUUUUGCCCAGGUUAACAAUUCCUGCACCUCUCUGUCAAAGUUAUCUUCCUUACCCUCUACAUGAUGCGCCUUAGCUGCAAGAAUGCAUUGUUUAUGGUUGAAUAUAUUGUGCAAAUACAGAAAAUGAAAUAAUCCAGUAAAGAAUUAAAUGUGUUAUGUGAAUUCAGGCUAUACGUUAUCAUUAUGAUUUGAAUAUGCAGGAGAACAAACUACCAAACUGCAUUUUUAAGCUUAGCCUGAAGUUGAUCCAAGUUAUACUUAAUUUUACCUCCAGCAAAGAUUGGUGGGAAAUAUUACUCAUCAUACUAGAUAAUCAUAAAGUAGUUAGGCAAAAAGCUUUGUCCUUCCCUAUGUUCCUCCCACCCAAAGGUUCCACCUAAAUUGCCACUUUCCUUUCGUUUAAUAUUUCAAACUGCUUGCUUGUGCAGCACACAUUAUUCACUAAAUAUUACAAUAACUCUGUGCACUAAUUCAUUCAGAGAUUUAACUGAUGCAAAUGUGAAGGAGAAACAACUAAGAUAUUGUUCACAUUUCAAAAUGUAAUAAAGUUGGAUUCGAUAAAUCAAUGCUGCUUUCUCCUUUAAAACAAAAACAAAAACAUUACUCAUACACAGGGAAAUGCUUCAAUAUUAGGCUGCUCACACUGAUCAAAAAAUGAUUACAAAUUAUAAAGUCCCAUAUUAUUGCACAUCAGCUGAACUAGAGAUCAUUCAUAAUCUAUAUACUAGUAAAACUCUCUAAAGGUCUGUUUGUAACCCUUAAGUGGGUGAAAUGGUUCAUCGUAGGGCAACAAUUUUUGAACCAAAAUACUUCAAAUGGGCUAACCUAAAUAAUAUGUUAAUCCUGGAGCC